UAUUCAUGGUGCUCAUCUGCCUGGGAGUGACAAUAAACUUGAGAUGCCCUGGGCUACUUAACACAAGGUAAUAACUUGUGUCUGUAGGUAGUAUAGAAAAUAUUCAGCCUGAAUUCAGUUAUUCAGGCUGGGCAGGUGUGGCAGGCCAGCUCUUUCUGGGGAUGAGGUAAUGCAGCAGAGGCAGGAUAAGUGUCCAGAGAGCCUCCAGAAAGGGGUGCAAGAAUGUUCUUUGCUGAGAAGUGGGAUGCACAAAAAGAUAAAGGUGACAGCUGGAACUGGGUGGGCAGCUGACACUGGAAAAGUAACAAAGCAGAUAAAAUGAAGUGAGAAGGAAGAGGGAGGCUGUGGAAUGAACAGAAGAUGAGGGAAGCAGGGCAGACUUGUGCUUUCCCACAUACCCGGACUGGGCAUCCCACAGCCUCGGGAUCUUCAUCUGCCUGAACUGCUCAGGCAUCCACCGCAACAUCCCGCAGGUCAGCAAGGUGAAGUCGGUGCGCCUGGACGACUGGGACGAUGCCCAGGUGGAGUUUAUGGCCUCAAAUGGAAACAAUGUAGCAAAAGCAAAAUAUGAAUCUAAAAUGCCACCAUUUUAUUAUAAACCAACGUAUCUUGACUGCCAACUACUGCGGGAACAGUGGAUCAGAGCCAAAUAUGAACGAAAAGAGUUCAUCCACAGUGAGAAGCAGGAGCCUUAUUCUGCAGGGUACCGAGAAGGAUUUCUGUGGAAGAGAGGACGCGACAAUGGGCAGUUCUUAAGCCGAAAAUUUGUGUUAUCAGAGAGGGAAGGUGCUCUGAAGUACUUCAACAAAAACGAUGCAAAAGAACCCAAAGCAAUUAUGAAGAUCGAACACCUAAAUGCGACUUUCCAGCCUGCAAAAAUCGGGAACCCACAUGGACUGCAGAUCACUUACUUGAAGGACAAUAGCACAAGGAACAUCUUUGUCUAUCACGAAGAUGGCAAGGAAAUAGUGGAUUGGUUCAAUGCCAUCCGGGCAGCACGUUUCCAUUACUUACAAGUGGCAUUCCCUGGAGCCAGUGAUUCUGAUCUGGUGCCAAAGCUUUCUAGAAACUACCUGAAGGAAGGAUACAUGGAGAAAACAGGGCCAAAGCAAACAGAGGGAUUCAAGAAGCGAUGGUUCACCAUGGACGACCGACGGCUCAUGUAUUUCAAAGAUCCCCUGGAUGCCUUUGCUAGAGGGGAGGUUUUUAUUGGGAGCAAGGAAAACAGCUACAAGGUGCUGGAAGGGCUCCCACCAUCCACGCAGGGGAACCACUGGCAGCAUGGCAUCACCAUCGUCACCCCGGAUCGGAAAUUCCUCUUCGCCUGCGAGACGGAGGACGACCAGCUGGAGUGGAUCACCACCUUUCAGAAAGUCAUAAGCAGGCCAAUGCUGCCUCAGGAAUACGCAGUGGAAGCCCAUUUCAAACAUAAACCUUAGCUGGGACUGGCUGGGCAGACCUGAGGAGUGAGCUUCUGUUUACAACACAACGUGGUUUUAUUUGAAAUGUUAAAAAUAAUUCAUAAUAACAGUAAUAAUAGUAACAAUAAUAAUACUUCCCUCUCCCCUCAUCAUUCACCUGAUCAUGUCGGAAGGGCGGCAGUGGAACAUCGGAGAAGAUCCUGAUCCAACUUGAAAUUCAGCUCUGUGGCUGCUCUGUGGGAUGGGACAGGUGGUCCUGCACCCCAUCACCCCACACCCGUGGAAGGGGCACCCAGCUUCUCCAGGAUGGCAGAGACUGUUGGUGGCACAUCCCGGGGGCAGUUGGGACUUUUCCCCAUGCUCAGGUCCCUGGCUGCUGGAGCUGAGCAUCCCCACACUUCCAGAUGGCUGCCAGCCCUUUCCAGGGGGGCUGCAAGUCCCCAAGGGGUGCCAUCCCUGUGGGAUGGGAAACAGCCUGCAAGGACGAAAUGGUGCUGUGCAAAACAGCAGAGCCUGCCGUGGUGCUGGGGUGAAGGAUAAGUAAAUUAUCCCCUGGGGUCUGGGGGGGAUGCUGUACCUGCAGAGGGUCACGCAGGAUUUAGAAACAGAGGAAAUGGGCAUCAUCAGCCUCAUUAAGCUAACGAAGGGCAGGGAGGAGGGGGCUGCAAGGGAGAUGCCAACACGUGGGGUGAUGCUGGGAGAGCAGAGCUUUGGGGGCCAGGCCUGUGUUCAGCUCCCUGGGUCAUCCCUGUUCCAUGGUCUGGGGGCUUUGCCCCAGUUGGGGAGCCUGGUGUGGAGCUGGGGGUUGAGCUUUAUCUGCAGUUUUGCUGAUGGGCACCAUCAAAGCCUCACUCCCAGCAGGCACAUCCCUUCUCCAGACUUGGUGGUUGCACUUUUUCCCCCCAAUAAUUCAAUUUUUUUGGUUGAUUUUUCUUCUCCUGCCCAAAAAAAAAAAAAAAAAGAAAAAAGAAAAAAAAAAAAAGAAAAAAAAAAGCUGCUUGAAGUGACGUUUCAGCGCCGUGUUGAGCACUGUAAUUCCUGCAGUUAGGGCGGGCGGGCUGGGACCUGCACACCAGGUGCUGGAUUUUUACCCAAAAAGGAGAUUUCCAGCGUGCCCUGAGGGCCCAGCCCCAGCCACGGACCUGUCCGACGCGUUUCUUAGGUUGGUUGUGUAGCUGAGAGCAUCUCAUCGGCUGUGUGCAUUCGUUCUGUCACUGGUAAGACAACUGUGGUACUAAAUGUCAUUCAAACCAAUAAAUUAUUAUUAUGUCA